UGCUAAGUAGUGCUAACGUCAACACCAUGGAAGGUUCCGCUAAUCGAAUUCUGCUACUCGCGAUAGUUGGGGCCGUUUUUAUCAGCGGCACCCAAAGCGCCAAUAUACUUGGUUUAUUUUUGAGUCUGAGUCCAUCUCACUUGAUAGUAGAAAUGUCCAUGGCCAAGGUGCUGGCUGAGAAUGGACACAAUGUGACGGUGGUUACCAUGCUCAAGCCGCCAGUUACCCACAAGGAUUUCAAUAUUGUGCAAGUGCCACUCUCCGAGGAAGAGCUACUCGUGAUGAGCACAACAAUUGGUCAAAUGGUGGCCAGUGAAAACAGCAACUUGAUUUUGUCAGUAUUUCGCAGCAUGGGUCAAAUGAAGUUCCUGUUUAACAAGAUGAAAGAGGCAAUGAUGGACCAGCGAGUGAAAGACUUGUACGAGAACAAGGACAACAAAUUUGACCUGGCUAUGAUUGGCUUCUUUCUGAACAAUUAUCAGAUUGGCAUUGCACACAAGCUGAAGGUGCCCGUGGUAUUAGCAGCACCAAUGCCACCGAAUCAAUUAUUCAGCAACUUGUUGGGUAAUCCUAAACUGAUCUCACAUGUUCCCGCCGACCCCAAGGGUCAACGAAUGACUUUCACGGAACGACUCAAAAACUAUUUUACUAGCUGUGCCUUUGCAUUACUUACUUUGAUUAUUGAUAGCAACAGCGCCAAUUCGUACAAGGAACUUUAUGGUGACGAUCCCAAUAUGCCCGACCAUGCAGAUCUGAACAAGAUUAUUUCUCUGGCCUUCUUCAAUUCCCACUCAAUCAGCGAGGGUCCCAUUAGGGCCAAUGUACCAGCCAUAAUCGAGGUGGGAGGAAUACAAAUUAAAGAUACUCCCGAUCCCUUGCCCAAAGAAAUUGGCAGUUUUAUAAGCAAUGCAACAGAUGGCGCUAUUCUCUUGAGUUUAGGGUCAAAUGUAAAGGGAACUCACUUAAAGCCCGACACAGUCCAAAAGAUGUUUAAUGUGCUGUCAAAACUGAAGCAGAGAGUUAUUUGGAAAUGGGAGGAUUUGGAUAAGACACCUGGUAAAUCUGACAACAUACUCUACUCCAAAUGGUUGCCACAGGAUGAUAUUCUGGCCCAUCCCAAUAUUAAGCUCUUUAUAAAUCAUGCCGGAAGAGGUGGAAUCACAGAGUCAACGUUUCAUGGAAAACCCAUGCUCUCGCUUCCUGUCUUUGGUGAUCAACCUGGUAAUGCCGAAAAGAUGGCCAACGAUGGAUUUGGUCUCAGUUUGAGUCUAUCGACACUGGAGGAACAGAAUUUCCAUGAGAGCAUUGUUGAGAUUCUCAGUAAUCCUCAGUAUACGCAGAAAGUAAAAAGCUUCGCCUCUCUCUACCGUGACCGACCUAUGACAGCACGGAAGAGUGUAGUCUAUUGGACCGAGUACGUACUGCGUUAUAAUGGAGCUUCGCACUUGCAGAGUCCCCUUGUUCAUAUGAAUUUUGUGGCAGCCAAUAAUUUGGAUGUUUACAUAUUGUUGUUAAGUAUUUUGUUGGUUUGUGCUUACGUAAGUAAGGUCAUAUUGAUUUUUAUUUACAAGAAGUUGACAGGUAAAGCACAGAAAGCUAAGAAAACGAAAACCUCUUAAAUAUUGUAAAUUGUCAUGUCAUUGUGUAGUUAGAAUUUUUCAUAAUUUGUAUUAUUAUUUCAUUUGAAUUAUCAAUAUAUACUGAUAGUGGUCAUAUCAGCAACUGAUAAUCCAUUUUACAAAUACCCAUUAUCGUACAUAAGUAAUAUUUUGUUCUGCUUAGUGGUAAUGACUAUGUCUAUUUUUUAGUCAACCGGAUUAUUAUUUUUAUCAUCUAUUUAUAUAUCUUAUCUCCAUCUGAUAAGAUAAUCUUACACAUUAUUCACAUGUGCCAUCUUCCGCCUGACUAUGACCUAUGACUUUAUCAUUUAAAAUGAAAGCUGAAAUUUAAGAAUAAAUAACCAACUGGA